AGCAGCCAAACCGCUAAAGCAAACGCUCAAGAUCAAGAAUGAAGCUUUCUGCUGGGACCGUCCUCAUCACCGUUGCACUUUUGUCUGAGUGCUACUUUAAAACAGCUGCUAUUCCGAUGACCAAAUCUGAGGAAAUCGAGCCAGAUCUGCAAAGCUUUAGCGAGUCCUUGGAAGAGAACUCUCUGAGAUCUACACCAGGUGGCUCCAGGAUCAUCGUGGUGGCUGACUCCAAUCUCCUGAGGACCCUGACAUCUCUGAACAGAGGAGUCCCUCAUCUCAACGCACCUGAAAGCCUUCUCAGCACAGAGCGCAGAGAAGUUGGUUCAGACCUGAGUCCGAAUUUCGCCAUCAUCAGAAGGGACACCAUGAGGUGCAUGGUGGGAAGAGUGUAUCGGCCAUGCUGGGAGGUGUAGGACUUCUGGGAAGACAUGGAAGCGGUUGACGAUUCUUUGUUUCUUAUCCAGUGUUACUCAGACAAAAUAUACAACUUGAUGCUGUUUAUCUGAAUUCUAUCUUGCAAUUAAAUGUUGAAAACA